AUGGCGCGUUAUGCUCUGAGCCCGAAUGCUAUAUUGCCUGAGAUUAUCCCCAAGGUUUGCUUGUCCCAAGUUCCAAGGCCACUAUUGAGCUUGAUUCAACCAUCAUGGGUACCUCAACCAAUAACGGCUGAUGCCCAAUUCAAAAUUGGAGCAGGCAACACGAUUGCUAUCGAUCAGCCAGGUGCGGUCGUGUACGACGAUAUCAAACGCUUGUCCGUGGUGGAAGCUCUCCACCAUGACGAGUAUGAGGGCAAGCCGACAGACGAAGAGCUGAGCAGCCUUCGUCGAGUGGCUGGAAAGAUACCAUUCUCAACAUACUUUCUCUGCUUUGCCGAGUUCUGCGAGCGAGGCUCCUACUACUCCUCAAUCGGAGUUAUCAGUAACUUCGUGAAUCGGAAGCUACCGGCGGGAGGAAAUGGCUACGGCGCUCCUCCAAAGGGAUCGCAGUCGACUGCGGGAGCGCUCGGGCUCGGGACGGUCAAGGCCACUGCUAUUAACCAGUCUUUCAAGAUGCUGGUGUACUGUCUUCCUGUUAUUUUUGGCUACGUGGCAGAUGUCUACACUGGCCGCUUCAGACUCAUCUGCUACGGUGUCAUUGUAUUUGGAGUUGCUCAUGCGCUGAUGAUUGCAUCCGGUGCUCCGUCUUUGCUGAGAGACGGUAGCGCUGUGGCACCUUAUCUGAUUUCCCUCUACCUUCUAUCAAUUGGUGCCGCUAUGUUUAAACCUUGUAUCGCCCCUGUACUUCUCGACCAGAUCCCAGACACAAAGCCUGUUAUCGAAGUCCUGAACGACGGCGAAAGAGUCAUCGUCGACCCCGAAUCGACCACCGAGCGCGUCGUAUUAUGGUUCUACCUGUUAAUCAACGUUGGCGGGUUUUUAGGCGUACCCAGCAGCUACCUCGCAAAAAGGGUCGGGUGGAUGGCCACCUUCGCUCUGCCUAUGGGAAUCUACCUCCCUCUGCCCUUCGUCCUCUGGUUCAUGCACAAGAGGCUGAUCCUCUAUCCCCCAGGGGGCAGUGAUCUGCUCAAUUGUUUCAAGGUCCUCGGAAUCUGCUUCAAGAAGAACAUGAAGAAAUUCGGUCGGAAGGGGUUUUGGGAGGCUGCUAAGCCUUCUGUGAUGGCUGCACAUGGUGGCCCAACAACUGUUCCAUGGAAUGACCAGUUCGUCGACGAUGUCCGAAGGAGUUUCCAAGCUACCGGCAUGUUCUGCUUCCUUCCGAUCCAGUUCAUCAACGAUAACGGUCUCGGCAUAUCGGCUGACGCAACGUCAACAAUGCUGACUACCAAUGGCGUACCGAACGACUUGCUCGGCAACUUCAACUCCUUGUCUAUCAUCAUAUUCAUCCCGAUUCUGAACUAUGGCAUCUACCCCUUGCUACGCAGGAGCCACAUCCACUUCGGACCAGUCGCUCGCAUUACUCUAGGUCUAUUCUUGAGCUCCGUCGGUGGCGUCGGAUACACCGUCCUGAACCACUACGCCUACAAGCUCGGCCCAUGCGGCAACCGCGGAAGCAGCAGCACCUGCGUCGACGCCGACGGCAACUCCCUCGUGGCGCCCAUCACCAUCUGGUGGAUGGCCAUCCCCUACGCCCUGGGCGGCAUCUCGGAGCUCUUCGCCAACGUCCCGGCCUACGGCAUCGCGUACUCGCACGCCCCCAAGAACAUGCGCAGUCUCGUCAUGGCCCUCAACCUCUUCUCCACCGGCAUCGCGUACGCCCUCGGCCUGGCCUUCUCGGGCCUCAUCAGGGACCCGUACCUGACGUGGGAUCUGGGCGGGCCGGCCAUUGUCGGCUUUGUGGCGACGGCGCUGUUCUGGUUCUUGUUCAAGGAUGUGGAUAAGGAGGAGUAUACUGUUAGUAUUAAUGAUGAUUAUCAUCUUGAGCAGAGGAGCGAGGGGAGCUCGGUAGGGGAGCAUAAUGAAAAGAAUGCUGUUGGGCCGAAGACGAAGGUCUAG